ACACAUUAAUGUAAUAAACGUAACACAACAUGAUUGUCAUCACAACAUUAAUCGGCAUUAUUUCAGCAUAUUUUCUAACAAAAAAAUAUCUGAAACAUAGGUUUACAUUCUGGGAGAAGCAGGGGGUGGGCGGACACGAGGGUCUGGAGCCGUCCAUAUAUAGGCCCGGCUUUGUCCACGAGAAUGACCUGAAGAAUGCCGAAGAGUUCGGUCACAUCUAUGGCUACUAUGAGUUCUUCAGACGGGGUCUAGUGAUCAACGAACCCGACCUAAUACGGGAGGUGUUUGUCACACAUUUUGAUAAGUUUAGGAACAAUCGGGAAAUGUACUUCGGGGAGGACUCAAUUAAUUUGAACAUGUUCAAUUUGCCGGGUAAUGUCGAUUGGAAACGAAUCCGCAGUAUUUGUUCCCCGGCUUUUACCUCAUCUAAACUGAAGGCUAUUAUGCCGUCACUGGAAGUGAUUGCUGAUGAGUUUGUAGACAGUGUGUCCCAAAUGUUUGAUACGGCUAAACCCGAUGGUAAAUAUAGUUUAAUGUUUUGUGUUUAG